AUGUCCGUCAGUGCAGAGGAGGUUGCCAAACACAACAAGGCCUGGGAGCAUCCGAGAAUCCUGAGAAUGAAGGCUGAAUGGUUUGCGAUUGCGACGUCCAACUUUCGAGACAGCGACUGCUGGGUGAUCGUUGGGGACCAGGUGUUGGAUGUGACUAACUUUCUCGCCGAUCAUCCCGGUGGCAAGAAGUCGAUCAUGAUGUUCGCCGGAAAGGACGCGACCGAGGAGUUCGACAUGCUCCACGACCGCAAGGUGAUCAAGAAGUAUGGCCUGGAUGAGGGCACGGUUGUGCUGAAGGGCACGAUCAAGAAGUGA